AUGGGACAUGAAAAUAUCACAGAAUUCAUCCUCCUGGGACUUUGCAGUGAUGACAACACGAAGGUCACCUGCUUUGUGCUGUUCUCACUUUGCUAUAUUGCGAUUCUCUCAGGAAAUCUUCUCAUUCUUCUCACCAUCAGGGGCAGCCGCCUCGGAGAACAGCCCAUGUACUUUUUCCUCAGCUACUUGUCCUUCAUGGAUGUCUGCUUUACCUCCACCGUGGCCCCCAAGCUGAUCACCGACUUACUGGCCCAGGAGAAGACCAUCUCCUACAACAGCUGCGUGGCCCAAAUGUUUUAUGCCCACUUCUUUGGCGCCACUGAGAUCUUCAUCUUGGUGGCCAUGGCCUAUGACCGCUAUGCAGCCAUCUGCAGACCUCUUCAGUACACGGUCAUCAUGAACAGACAGGUGUGCUAUGGCCUCGUAAUGGCGUCUGCUGUCGGCGCCUUUAUCCACUCCAUCAUGCAAGUAUUGAUUAUUAUCCAGCUUCCCUUCUGUGGCCCCAGGCAGAUAGACCACUAUUUCUGUGACAUAUUCCCCUUGCUGAAGCUGGCCUGCACCGACACUAGGCUGUUGGUAAUUGCAAUCAUCACCACCACAGGGGUGCUGUCCAUUUUGACCUUCGCUGCCUUGAUAAUCUCCUACAUCAUCAUCCUGUCCACCCUGCGGACCCGCUCCUCCGAGGGCCGCCGCAAAGCCCUCUCCACCUGUGGCUCACACAUCACUGUCGUGUUCAUGUUCUUCUUGCCCCUCAUCUUCACCUAUGUCCCCAUGGCUGCUUCUGUCAGUAACGACAAGAUUUUUGCGCUGUUUUACACCAUGAUUGCCCCUAUGUUCAACCCUCUCAUCUACACCCUGAGAAACACAGACAUGAAGAAUGCCAUGAGGAAAGUGUGGUGCCGGGAUAAGCUCUCUAGAGGGAGAUGA